AUGUCUGCAUCUUUAGACCAGACGCUCACUAUAAAUCGGAGUCAGUCGAAACGAAAGAAACAUACUAAUACAAACCGUGGUGAUACUGGUGAAGUUUUUAAUGAUGAGUGGGAGGACGUUGUGCUUGGUCCUAAAAAGCGAUUAUUACAGCCUGUCGGCGUUAACUUUGAAUCAUUGCCACAAAAUGCAUAUGAAUUUGUAAAAAUAAAAUCAGAUGAUUUAGAAAUACUAGAUGAAAACAUAGGAAGAACUUAUCUUCCGCAUUUGCAAGACCCAUUUUCUAUCGUAUUGACAAAUUCUGAUCCAAUUCGGGUUUCUCAAUUUGAAUCAUGUUCAUUGA